AUGGUGCCGGAGUGGCACAACGCCUACAUGGAUUACAAUGUCCUCAAAACCCUUUUCAAAGGGAUUCAGAGAUUCAAGCUCAGAAAUGGCCCUUCUCCCACCCCUCAGCCCUCUGCCUUGAAGCGCAAGCUUACUCUCUACAGAGCCUUCAGCGGUCUCACUCAGGGUACCGCUCAUCCUUCCGCUCCUUCUCAUACCGAUUUCGACAACCAAGCAAUUCUCGUUAACUGUAUGCACGAGGAUGGGUCUCAGAACUACAAGACCACAUUCCUUAGAGCCGCCGAUGAUGGCGCUGAGAACGAACUCCUCUUCUUCAAGAGGCUCGAUGAAGAGUUUAACAAAGUCGAUAAGUUCUAUAAGGCUAAGGUCGAGGAGGUCAUGAAGGAAGCGGAGAUGUUGGACAAGCAGAUGGAUGCUUUGAUUGCUUUCAGAGUCAAGGUUGAGAACCCUCAGGGUUUGCUUUUCAAUAUGGCUGAGAAGACUGUUGAUAUGACGCGUCUUGCUUCUGGGAUUGCUGCUUCUUCCGCUACCUUGUCGGUUUCCACCCCAAAAGGGGCUUUAUCUAGAAAGAGACCUCAUGUGGGCAUGGAGAUAAUUGAGGAAGGCGGGGGUGGUGAGUUAAAUGAAGAUGGGGACGAUAUCGACACGAUAUCCAGAGGUAAACAGGUUGGAGAAGAUAAAUUGAGCAAAUUGAAGGUUGUUAGACCACCUCCAUUAAAUGUUCUUGAUCGUGUGAAAAUGAAUGAAACCGUUGAAACACCUCGUUCAACCAUAAAGGAAUUCCUUAAAAUCUCUAAGAACACUGAACUCCGGUUCAGCAGAGACAAUCUAAAUAAAGUUGAAGAACAACUCAAGCAUGCCUUCUCUGUGUUUUACCAGAAACUUAGGCUUCUCAAGAGCUACAGCUUCUUGAAUACACUGGCGUUCUCAAAGAUCAUGAAGAAAUAUGACAAGAUUACAUCACGAAAUGCCUCAAAAACCUACAUGAAAACGGUGGACAGUUCUUACCUUGGACGAUCAGAUGAUGUGAGAUAUAGCUUUUUCAACCAUUUCUUUCUUAAAGUUGCCAAGUUAAUGGAGAGGGCUGAGAACACAUUCAUCAAACAUUUUUGCAAUUCCAAUCGCAGCAAAGCCAUGAAUAUUUUAAGACCCAAAGCAAAGAGAGAGAAACAUUGGACAACAUUUUCCAUGGGUUUUCUAGCUGGCUGCUCUGUGUCACAACCUUACUACGAAGAGAGUAGGUUGUGA